AUGACCAAUUCUGCAACUCUCAUCAUCCCUACUCCUCCUGCUCCCCUUCAAGACGCUCACCAUCCAGCUCGCCGGUGCGUCCAGGCCAAUUUCAAGAUCACCUGUCAUGACAAGGGCGGGAUCUUGCUCCGGAGACUCAUCCUGUCGGUCAGCGUCAGCUCCACGGGCAUGCCUGUGGGAGCCUAUCGCGAGCUGAUGUACCACUUGGAGUCGGCCAUGUCUGGGGGCUGCUUGUCGUGGACGGACGAGGAGGAGGACGAGAUCGUCAUCACGUCGGACCACGACCUGGGGGUUGCGCUGAAGCAUCUGUGGACGCGAGAGGGCUGUACGAUACGGCUUCAGUACCGAAGGGAAAGCUUGAUUCCUGGUUGGAAGUUGCCGCAUGAGAAUUGA